UGUCGUUUAUUUAAGUCAACACGACGUUUGCGCCUGCGUUUUUAUGCCGAUGCUUGGUGUGAGGCCAUUCAAACACCAGCUGCUGACGCGGGAAGAACUAAAGAACAAGAAGAGGAAUCAGAAUGAAGGGGUCAAUUGCUUGCGCGACACUUGUCUUGGUAAUCACUGCUGUUCACUCUAUUGAUGCCGCGGAGCUGUGUCCGGAGGAGAAUUGUAUGGCCCCUGACAAAUGCGAGGAGCCUGUAAAGGGUCUUGUGGAGUGUCACCAACAGGGGACUAGUUGUUGCAGCGUAGUUCGCUCUGAGUUUCGAACGCACUGCAGGCACCACGGUGGCACGUGUAUGGACAGCUGCGGUCCAGUCCUACAGAGAGAAACUGUGGACUGCCCGGAUAAUCAGGUGUGCUGCGUUCUGGUUUAAUUACGAGGCAAUGAAAAAUUGUAAUUUCUGGAAACUAAUAAACUUACGUGAAUAAAUCUACCGAA